GAAAUAACACAGAACUAUCAACUGAAAGAUAUAAACGGCAGAAUCGUGGAUGCAUUGACUGUAUUUAGCCUCUCCAUCAGAGCUCUGAAAGACCACUUGAUGACGGUUCUUCAAAACGGGUACUCUGGCGUUCGAACUAAUGACGUCACGUGGGUUAUCACCGUCCCAGCUAUUUGGAAUGAUUCGGCCAAGAAGUUCAUGCGUCUCGCCGCUGAAAAGGCUGGGUUGGAUAAAAACAGUAUUGAGAUAGCAUUGGAACCGGAAGCUGCCUCUAUUUUCUGCAAAUUGCUUCCAAUAACACGUGACCCAGAGACAGAGACCGGAAUGACUCUUUUUCCACCAGGGGCACGUUAUAUGAUUCUCGACUGUGGAGGUGGUACAGUUGAUGUUACAGUUCAUGAAGUGCUCGAGGACAAUACUCUGAAAGAACUUCAUAAAGCCACAGGCGGCAACUGGGGAGGGACAGUUGUCAAUAAAUCAUUUCUGAACUUUAUUUCAAGUCUGGUAGGACCGGGUGUAUUUAAUGAUUUCUCAAAGUCGCACAAGUCCGGAUAUCUCGAACUGCUGGAAGAAUUCGAGAAUAAGAAGAAAAUGACAGCGGCUGAUUCAACAGAAAGGGUGACAAUACGUAUACCAAUCGGAUUACAGGAAAUACUUCAAAACGAAAAAGUAAAGCAAAAAUUGCAGCAAAGAUUGUACGCGAAUAAAGUUGAUAUAUAUGGCGACAAACUAAGAAUGGACGCAGGGUUAUUCAGAGUAUUUUUCAAACAAGCGGUAGGGGAUAUUAUUGCACACACGCGUGAUCUGAUGGAAUCUCUACCAAGGCCAGUGAAAGCUAUACUUAUGGUCGGGGGUUUUUCGGAAUCCCCAGUAUUACAAAAAGCUGUAAAAGAAGCGUUCGGUAAUAUGGUCAAGGUCAUUGUCCCGAUUGAAUCUAGUUUAUGCGUUAUGAAAGGAGCUGUGCUGUACGGUCACCGUCCAUCGAGCAUUUCUGCAAGAAAAAGCCGCUAUACGUAUGGAGUUGCAAUGACAGUUCCAUAUAUAAAGGGAACGCAUCCAAGCAAUAGAAAAUAUGAAGACGACGGGAAGAAGUGGUGCGAUGGAGCUUUUGACAAACAUGUAGAAAUUGGACAAACAGUGACGCCAGGGGAAGUACAAGCUACAAGAACAUACUAUCCCAUGUCGACAUCAGACACAAUCCUUCCUUUGAUUUUAUAUAGAUCCUCUGAUGCCAAUCCAAUGUUUGUUGACGAAAGAUCUUGUGACUUCGUUGGGUUUUAUUUUGUAAAAAGACAACCAGGUGUAGGCGAGACGACGAAGCAGGAUGCAGUUAAAGUACGACUGGUGUUUGGUAACUCUGAUAUAAGAGUUGAAGCUAUCAAGUCUGACGGAAUCGUACAUACAGCUGAUUUCAAAAUCGAUUAAUGCCAUGACAAGACGGUGAUAACUGUAUACUGUAUUGUGACAACUGUUAUAGAAAUAUUUGCUGUUAUUCACCAACGUACGACAAAACUGAUGAAUAUAAACAUAUAAAUUUCAUGACAAAGUGCUAUUGGAUAAUUUAGGGAGAUAAAGGAUUUCAUUUGAUUAGAACUUGGAAAAAUACUUUGAGAAAAGUGUUAACCGGUAAGAAAAUCAUGCACUGUGUCAAAACUUUCACAAAAAGUUUGAUAAUACUAGACUAAAUGAAAUAUGUAUCACUUCACUGCCUUGACAAAUGGGAAAGAAUUGGAAAUAUCCAUCGUACUUCUUUAUUAUUUUAGGACAGAAAAUAUCAGAUAUAGACUGAUGUAGAGGCAAAAUUUAAAGCGAUAAUAUUCCUUUGAAAAUAAUAAAAAGGAUAUCAUUUAGAGCUCCGGUAUUUUGUAAUUAAGGAUGUAACAAUGUGUGUGUUUGGGUUUGUUUACCCUCGCGAAAGAGACCGUAUGGGCGAGAAUAAUGAUGUAAAAGUACUAAAGUGAAAUUUUAUAUUUGUGUACAUGUAUAUAAACAAUUUUUUAAACAUCGAAGAAUAUGUUAAAUAUGUAUUACAAAUGUUUAAAUCGCAUUAUAUAUAAUCAUUAACUUCCCUGCAUUCAUUUCUUGUUGAAAAAAUUUACUUAGACUUUAUAGAAAAUAAAUUUAUAUUUACCUCCCUUUAUUUACAUGAAAUGUCAUUUCGGUAACAUUUUUACAAAUAAUGCUUUUUGGAACUUACAAUAUUGAUAAAUUUUCAUUUGAGCAUCA